AACUCCCUCCCCGGAAUGGCGUCACUCCGCUUCCGGCCGGAGCGGGGUGUUGGUUGGAGCCCGGGCAGUGACGCGGGCCUGAGGGCCGGUGCUGAGGACGGUCCUGCGCGGGGCGGGUCCCGGUCCGCCUCGGAGCGGCGCGGGGCAGAGGGCGGCGGCCUGCAGGUUGCAAACCAAGAGUUUGGAAAAGAGGCCGUGCUCUUCAGACAAACUGUAGAUGUCACAGGCUUCAAGAGGAAGGCAUCAGAGUCACCGCCAGUGGACAUGUCCCAUGAUGAAUUUUGGACUAUACACCAGGGGCUGCAAGAACACCUGAGCUGGAAUUCUCGUAAGGAAACUGAGCCUGUGUGUGAGACAGCUAUGCCUAUUCACCAGAUCCUAGUCUUUUCUGAGAAGACAAAUACCAAAGACUGGACAAUGGCACCUGAGCUCGUCUUGCCUGAGUCCCAGAGCUUGUUGACAUUUGAAGAAGUGGCCAUGUAUUUUUCCCAGGAAGAAUGGGAGUUACUGGAUCCCACUCAGAAGGCCCUCUACAAUGAUGUAAUGCGGGAAAACUAUGAGACUGUCAUCUCUCUAGCUAUGCCUGUUCACCAGAUCCUAGCCUUUUCUGAGAAGACAAACACCAAAGACUGGACAGUGGCACCUGAGUUCAUCUUGCCUGAGUCCCAGAGCUUGUUGACAUUUGAAGAAGUGGCCAUGUAUUUUUCCCAGGAAGAAUGGGAGUUACUGGAUCCCACUCAGGAGGCCCUCUACAAUGAUGUAAUGCGGGAAAACUAUGAGACUGUCAUCUCUCUAGCAUUAUUUGUGCUCCCCAAACCUAAAGUGAUCUCCUAUCUAGAGCAAGGGGAAGACCCAUGGGUUCAAGGGCCCUUGGAGUUCAAGAACAGCCCUGGAGGGCUGCCUACAGGGUUAAAGGUCAAAACUGACAAUGAAAACCAUCAGCCUGUGUGUCUUUCUGACUUAGAAAUACAAGCACCAGGAGACAUAGUAUCAAAAAAGACCCGAGUGAAAGUUCCCCAGAAAACAACAGGCAAAGAAAAUCAUGGUGACACACACAGGAUGGGGAAGUGGCAUCAAGAGUUUCCAGUUAAUCAAACAAAGGAACUGUCAAUCUGGGAAGAAGAGCUGCAGAGACUUAUGGAUCUUCACAAGAAAGCCCGUGCAGUAGAGAAGCCUUUUACAUGCCAGGAGUGUAGGAAAAACUUCAGACUUACCUCUGAUCUUACUAAACACAAAAAAAUUCACACAGAAGUGAAGCCGUAUAAAUGUCAACAUUGUGGUAAGAGCUUUAGAGGGAAAUCAGAUCUUAAUAAGCACAUAACAAUACACCAAGGAAUAAAACCAUAUAAAUGCUCCUGGUGUGGGAAAAGCUUCAGUCAAAAUUCAAAUCUCCGUACACACCAAAGAACUCACACUGGAGAGAAACCCUUUAUGUGUUACGUAUGUGGAAAGAAAUUCAGUCAGAAUUCCCACCUUAGUAAACACCGGAGAACCCACAUGUAGCAUAAGCAUGAGAAACUUUAGCAGGCAGUCCAGCCUUCUUAAAAACAGAAACACCACCACUGAACAGAAGCCUAUCCAGUGUCCUAAGUCUGAGGAAAUUCACCAAGUAGAGCUUAACCCUCAGGUUUAUGAAAAAUACAAAAUUAUGAAGCAUGAAUAAUUCAUCAGUGGAAAAUUUGGGGAUAUAAACAUGUUUCUCAGAAAGGAAUCAAGGUUGACUCUGCAGGGGGUGCAUUAGUUCUGUACUAACUACAAUUUUACUAAUAAAACUUCAGGGAAUUCCUAACAAAGGUGUUCAAAGAACAUUCUGAGUACAGAAUGUACUAUUUCAUGAGUAUGCCUGGCAAUUAGCAAAUUCAGCUUCAAAUAGCAAAUACACCGAGGAAUUAAUCAGUCUUCUGUGAUCAUCAUGUUGUUGGUUUUGCAUUGAUCUUCCAGCCACUUUAAACAUGAUAGAAACAUUUGUAGCAUGGUCUUCCAAAACAAGAAAGAAUAACCUGCAUGUUUAAUUGAAUACCAUUGCCUUCAGGGUAGUAGGCUUACCAAUUUCAAGAGCCCUAUGACAAAAAAUGAGGUCUGUUGUCAAGUUUUCCAAGAACCAAAUUGGAUUUUCUUCCUCUCCUUUGUCAUUGGACACUGUUCCCCAAGUUGGGUAUCAUUUGAGUUCCUCCUUGAACAUUUUAGCUCUUGAUUCCUUUUAGCACCAUUUUUACUGUGAUGAAAUGCUAUUUACUUCACCACUAGAGAAUCUGCAAGAAGUAACUGUACUAACUUACACCUCUCAUUGGUGGUGUUUGAUAGAGGAAAACAUCAAGAUCAUAUGGAAACGGGUUGGAAUUUUUAGCCAUGGAUUAUAUAUUACAUGUAAAGAAGAUUGUCUGCAAUAAAAGAAACUAGACAUUU